AUGAUGUUCACUAGUUACAGGGGAUACACAACGACAACGGGAGACAGUCUGAAGUCUUCAGAGACAAAGAGUAACAAUAGUAGUAGUAGUUCGAAGCGUAUUAAGAUAUAUACCAAGACUGGUGACAAAGGAUCUACAAGUCUAUUCAAUGGAGAGAGGCGUGGCAAAGACGAUCAGAUAUUCAAUGUAUUGGGUGCUCUGGAUGAACUGUCUGCUCACAUUGGACUUGCCAUAGACUACAUUAAUGCUAAUGGGAAUAGUCAUCUUAUCGAGAAGAUCAGGGAGUUGGAGGAGAUCCAAUGCUUGUUACUUGACCUUGGAUCACAUGUGGCAACACCAAGAAGCUCAUCAUCUGAUGCACAUCUCCAGCGAACAGAGUUUGGCGAACAGCCUGUCAACAAUCUUGAAGAACAAAUCGACCGAAUGGACGAACACCUGCCACCUCUAAGGAACUUUAUAUUGCCAGGAGGUGGAUUUGUCUCAUCACAACUACAUGUGUGUAGAGCAGUGUGUAGAAGAUGUGAAAGGGAUAUGGUACCAUUGCUACGAGACGAAGUGAUUGAUGCAACAGCAUCCAAGUAUGUAAAUAGGUUGAGCGACUAUUUCUUCACUAUUGCCAGGUACAGCUCACUACGAAACAAUGCCACCGAGUCCAUAUAUCGUACACCCAAAGAGCGCAGUACUGAUCGAUCACAACAACGAUCAUUCCAAAGACAAGUGGAAGUUGUACAACUAGACACAGGAAGUUCAUAA